GAAAGCGGCUGUCAUACUCUAAGUCACAUGAUCAGGAAGAAAGUUGUUAUUGUUUCUUAAAAUAUUAUUUUAAUAAACGCUGUCCUAUUUUGUGUUGACAAUGCUAAAACCCAAGGCGCUUACACAGGUUCUUAGCCAGACGAACUCUGGAGGUGUUCAAAGUACACUGUUGUUGAACAAUGAAGGAGCCCUGCUUGCGUAUUCUGGCUAUGGUGACAAAGAUGCAGCAGUGACCUCAGCCAUUGCCAGCAACAUCUGGAUGACCUACCAGAGAACUGGAGCCACAGCCUUUGGGGAUGAUAAACUACAGUUCCUCCUCCUGGAUUGCAAGGAAGGAAAAGUUGCCAUUACUAAAGUAGCCAAUCUAUUAUUGUGUCUUUGCUGCAAAGAAAAUGUAGGUUUUGGAAUGCUUAAAGCAAAGGCAAAAGCAUUAGCAACAUAUUUAGAGGAUCCAUUGUCACAGAUAGCAGCCUCCUGACAGUAAUGGAUAGACCGGAUAUGCCAAAGCAUUUACCUCUCUUGGCUUCGUUCUUUUAUAAAUGAUAGUAAAUGUUUAAUAUGUUCACAGAAUAACAUAUUUCAUUUAGUAUUAACUUAUCCGUGUGCAUGACCUUACUGAUGAAUUUGUGUUGUUUUUUUUGUUGUUGUUUUUAAAGAUUUUUUUUUUAAAGAAAACCAUAUGCAUUCUUGAUGUUAAAUUGUUUAUUUGUAUUUGCUGUUCUCAAUAUUGUAAAUUUAUGUAUUUGUUAAGGACGUAUAACGCAUUUUUUUUUUGUUACACAUAGAAUUUGAUAAUUUUUGGUAGUUUGCUGGAACCAUCUUUUGCUGAUGUCAAAAUGAAAUAAAAUCCAGGGUAACAAG